CCAGCGAGUGUCCCUGCUCGUCGGUCUAUCACUGCGGGGACAGACGGGACCGGACCCGGCUUUACGAACCCAGCGAGAUGCCAUCUUUCCCCAAACUCGACCAGCUGUCCGACCUGGAGCAGAUGAUGUGCAAGCAGUUACUCAGUCUCGACCUGAUGGAGCCCAACAGGCCGCCACCGUCCCUCAGUCUGGAGAUGAGAACACCGGGUUACAUCGGUCAGCCCCGCAGCAACACGUCGUUUUCCCUCUCGUCUCUCUCCUCUCCCACUGAUCCUUCAGAGAGUGUAUUUCUGCCCUCCAGCCAAUGGGGGCAGCAGUCAGAAAGCCCACCGCCCUCCCAGAUUGCUAAUUCCUCCCAGUGGGGGAAGUCGGCCUUCCUUGCCCUGCGCUCUGUCAGCAUGGUGGAGACCAGCAGCACCACAGCAGCAAGUCUAGGCUGGCCCGGGACAGACUUCCAGCACUCCCAAAGUGACAGCCCCACUGCACUGAGCACUAGCUCCUCCCUGUCCACGUCAUCUCUCUCCACUUCCUCUUCCUCCUCACGCUAUAAGACUGAACUGUGUCGCUCUUUCACAGAGAGCGGAUUGUGCAAGUAUGGUGGCAAGUGCCAGUUUGCCCAUGGGCAAGAUGAGCUGCGAGAUCUCAACAGACAUCCAAAAUACAAAACUGAGCCAUGUCGUACGUUUCACACCAUCGGCUUCUGCCCCUACGGGAUCCGCUGCCACUUUGUCCACAACGGUGAGGAAGAAGGGGAGCAGUCCUUCUCUCGUUCGUCCUCUUCCUCCUCCUCAAGCAUUCCCCAGCAGCCACUUAGCUCCUCCCGCACGCACAGACCCCCUCUGGUGAGACAGAGCUUCAGCUUUGCUGGGUUUCCCUCUCCCCAGCAAGCCCUUCAGCACACUCUCACUGAUCAUCCCCCUUUGGCCGCCGCCUCUUUCAGACCUGCUCCCUCGGCGUCUCCUCCUUCCUGUGCCGAUAUUACUGACCUCCUCUGCCACGCCUUCCUGGAGAUGGACUCUGCCUUUGAGGCUUCACCUGCUGACAAGUUCCAAACCCUCAUGGGCCCAGCCAUCACAGCAGAUCCCCAGUCUCCAUUCCUGCCUUCCCCAGACUCCGGCUGCUCUCCCUGUGGGCUCUCUCCAACUGGCUCCCCUUCCCUGAGGCAGAGUCCCGGCGCUCCUGGGGUCUUUUCACGCCCACUGGGCGCCCGCUCCCUGUCCUACACCUCUCUGUCUGACCAGGACCAAGAUGGGAGCAGCUCUGCUAGCUCGCUCAGCGGCUCUGAAUCCAGCAGUGGCAACAACGAAAGCAAUGCCCGACGUCUGGCAGUAUUCAGUCAGCUCUCUGUGCCUGAUGAUCCUGCUGUGGUCUGCCUUUAGGCUGCAGUGUGCUGGAAUCACAAACAUUUACACUGACAUACAUUCAGACACAGACAUGAUGUCCCCAUUAGACACAAUACAUGCAGCACACACACGAUGCUGAUAAGUUUGACACAUACAUAAACAUUCCCCUUUCACACACUGCCACUGGACCGACACAACGUUCUUUGCACCCGUGUGGCCUUGAAUGAAACUAAGACUUUAUUGACAGAGUCUGAACGCUGACAGAGAUUGGCUAAAACGCCGGUGUCGUUUGCAGAAGGAAGGCCGCAGUGAUACUGAAAAUAUAGGUGUGUUGCCAGUAUGAAGACAGAAGUCUAAUAGUGUGGCAAGCGUUUAAUGCUUUAUCAGAAUAAUAUGUUAAUUAAGCAGAUGGCAAUUAAGCUAAUGUAAUCACAGUGUGAUUUGCCCCAGUGCCGUCUGUUAAGACCGACCACUCUGUUCAGAUUUCACCAGCAUCUACAGAGUGAUCCUCAAAAUGUGAUAAAGCCAAAGACGUCUGUUUUGUAGCACAAACGUUUUUUUAUUAUGGUGGGACAGACACACAAUGUGUUUUUCAAUUAAACGCACACAGUAUCUCAGUGCUCAGUGAGUGAAAUUUUCCAUGUCCUCAGUCUGAGGUUACGUUCAGAUCACUGGCCUUGAACAUGAAUGUUACGUUUUUAAACGGCCGAAGUGCCUGUCAUGUUAUUUAAAAGGUCAUGUUAGUGUUGAAUCAAGAUUUGUUUGGAGAGAUGUGACGAAGGGUGUGCGACUUUUUUUUUUUCCUUUCUUUUUUUAGUGACAUAAGCUAGUGUGAGUUCAGUUUUCUUUGUUGUCAAGAUAACUACAACUGUUGAUCUUCUGUCUGUUGUGCCUUGUUGAUAAACCUGUUAUCAGUAAAACGCCAAAUUACCAAAGUCAACCUGUCCUAUGAGAGGAGGGAGAGGGACUCAGUUUGAGUUCACAACAAAAGCCACCUGGGCUUGAUCAUACUUUUUGCAAAUCUCAUGUUCAUGACAUAUCGUUAUCUGUAGGACUUGCCAACAGGAAAAACAGGACAGAGAGAUUUUAUGGCCUUUUGAUAUGUGAAGUGUCAGCUCCAACAGCAGGCACUGCAGAAACUAAGGGUCAAAGAUGGACGAAAAACGAAACGAUGUGCCAUCACGUUAUUCUGCGUCUUUCAUAAUUUGAUGUGGUGUAAGCUUUUGGCUCAGAAGUAAAUAUUUAAUCAAUUCAACUAUCUGUUUUUACCUUUUGGUUAGUUUUCUCAAAAACAUCUGUGGUGCCUAAACUGUAUUCUUUGAUUAUCUUAAGCACAAACAUUCCCAGGAGUGUGAUUUAUUUUCUUCCUCUCUUGUCCACAGGCAGCACUGGUGUUACAUGUUUGAUGAAUAGUCAUGUUUGUCUCUCAGUGUUAAUUCCUCCUGUUAAUGGCUUUGUACUGUUACGAAUGUGAAGCGCAGUCACUUCCAUGUAUCCUGUUCUCCCAGGUCUGUUGCCUUUACUGUUAGAUCCAGCUAUUGUACAGUUAGGGUACAUAUGCGUAGAGUUUUAGAAAUGUUACUUUGCUGUUUUUGUGUGUUUACGGUGUAGUUUGGUAGAAGAGCAGACACUGUGCUGUUUCCGGUCUAUUUAAAAUCACCUUUUCAUCGACAUGUUUGAUGCCUGUUCAGUGUUUAAGGUGAUUAUCUUUAGUAAAUUAAUUUCUUUAAUUUAUUUUAACGUAUUUAUAGAGUACUUUGAGUUGUUAAUGCUUGUAUCAAGUUUAAUAUAUUUGGGUUUCUUUGACUUUUUUGUACCUGAAAUAAAGUUUAGUUGUGUUUUUUUUAAA